AUAGCACCGAACAUCGAUGGUCAGCCACCUCUAACGUAAUUUCCAUUUAUUUUGCUCUGCUUUCUUUCGCCGUUUUUCCACCCACAAUCCGCAGAAAUAUAUCCCGAAUUUGUGCGAAACGGUGGCCCCACAUAUUGUGCGUGUAGUUUCUUAGUUCGCGAUAAUAAAAAUACCCGUUUCCCAUCGAUUACAAAGCCCCGAAAAAACGACGACGUCAGUGGCGUCAGGUGGAAGAAAAAAAAAAAGAGGAGAAAAACUGAUAAUUGCGAUUGGAAGUUGAAAAUUGAAAUUGAAAUUUAACGGGAGCAGUUGAAAAUUGAAGUGAAUUUGCAAGUGUGAAAACGCAGCGCGAAGCGUAAAGGAGCUGAGAGUUCGAGGAAAAGCAUGAGCACAACCGCCGCCAGUCUCAUCGAGGCGGCUCUAAAUGCCAGCAACGGCGGCAACGCCACAGCCACGACUUCUGGAACAACAACAGUGAAGCCGAAUCCCAAUUACGUCGUUCAGGUGAAGGACAAUCCGAUGAGCAACUCGCUGGAACCCCUGCUCCAUGUGGGCGAUGGCAUCUUUCUGCAAACAAAGACGGCACAGGUCCUGGCCGGUGUCUGUGUGUGGGCCGCCUUGUUCAUCACCUGUCAACAGAUCUACCAACAUCUCCGAUGGUAUACGAACCCUCAGGAACAGCGCUGGAUUGUCCGCAUCCUGUUCAUAGUCCCCAUCUAUGCCAGUUACUCUUGGAUCAGCUUGCUCUUCUUCAACUCGGACAAUGUCUACAUCUAUUUCUUCACAGUGCGGGACUGCUAUGAGGCCUUUGUCAUCUACAACUUCUUGUCGCUGUGCUACGAGUACCUGGGCGGCGAGGGUAACAUCAUGUCCGAGAUCCGGGGCAAACCCAUCAAGACCUCAUGCUUGUACGGCACUUGCUGCCUGAAGGGCAAGACCUAUACGAUUGGAUUCCUGCGCUUCUGCAAGCAGGCCACUCUGCAGUUCUGUCUGGUUAAGCCGCUGGUGGCAUUCAUCAUCAUCUUUCUGCAGGCCUUUGGCCACUACCAUGAUGGCGAUUGGAGUGCCGAUGGCGGUUACAUUUACAUCACAAUUAUCUACAACAUCUCCGUAUCGCUGGCCCUGUACGGCCUCUAUCUGUUCUACUUUGCCACCCGGGAUCUGCUGACACCCUUCGAACCGGUUCUCAAGUUCUGCACCAUCAAGUCGGUCAUCUUUUUGUCCUUCUGGCAGGGCGUGGGCCUGGCCAUCCUGGAAAAGGCCAAUGUCAUCUCGCCCAUUGUGGACAGUGCUGGCGCUGUCACCGCCGAGGCGGGUACUGUCUCUGCUGGCUAUCAGAACUUUUUCAUCUGCAUUGAAAUGCUGUUUGCAGCCAUUGCUCUGCGCUAUGCCUUCCCCUAUCAGGUUUAUGCUCGCAGUUGCAUUAGCGAUGGCCAUGGACGAUCUGUUACAAUGCAGUCCAUUUCCAGCAGUCUCAAGGAAACGAUGAAUCCCAAGGAUAUUAUGACAGAUGCUAUUCACAACUUCCAUCCGCAGUACCAGCAGUACACGCAAUAUAGCUCAGAAGUAACCUCGACUCAGCGUUACGAAAAGCUCUAAAUUAUAAAGCUAAAACACUAAUUGCAAACACAUUACCACAAUUCCGAGAAGGGACGCGAUCCGAAAAAACGAAGCAUACGAAGUGUACUUAUAGCCUACGGCCUUAGCUUAAAACCCCCUGAAAAUCCAAAUCUAAAUCCAAAUCCUAAAACAUAUACCUGCACUUUGAGACGGGAUACGAUACGUACUAGGCCUAGUUACUUACUCACUGCUGAAACCAGAAAUUGCCUUAGUCUGUCUAAUGAUUUUGUGAGAUGAUGUUUUAUUUUAGGGAUUUCCGUAGGGCAUCCAUCCCAGAUACUGUGCGCAUAUGUGUCUGUAAUUCUUCUGUAUUUUUUACGUUUACACCACUCCCCCUCCUCCCCUCUUAAAUUUAAGCAUUUUUUAAUGAAAUUAUUUACAUGUAGCGAUGUAUGAAACAACCUAUAAUAUUGUGUAAUAUUAUGUAUGUAUCUAUAAACAAAGAUUUUAUUAAAUUGUAUGUCGGAGAAGUAGAAUUCA